AUGUGGUUCGAACAGUUCUACUCUGGAAUAAUUACGACCGCUUUCGUGGCUGGCGCCUGCUACAUGUCCUACCCAUUCAACAAAUGGGACGUCGGAAGAGCUUUCCGUCGCAAUUAUUGUACUCCGCAGAGGUGAUUCUUCAUCAAAACUAUAACCUUCAAUUAAUUCAUCAGUUUGCAGAGUUGAACUGUCGAAAAGAGACCACAGACUAACCGGAAACCAGUAUCGCAUCGCUGGUCUUGAUUCCUUCCCAGAGAAGUGAGUUUAUUGUGUCUUUUUUGAAAGUGAAUUUCGUCGACGUUAUUAAAAGUAUCCUGAACCUUUCAAUUAAACUCUUCUAUAAUUUUAAUAUAGUGUCAUCUGAACUAGACUGGUUUUUAGUCAAAAAUUGUCCAACUUAUCAUCAGGAUCAUGUUAAUAGUAGUUCAUUUUUUAGUAUCUAUUUUCAGGUAA